AUCACCGGUGAAGGUCACAGCCACAAGGCUGCUGCUUGAUUUAUCGAACAACUUUCUCGUGAACAAGUGAACCACCACCGCGGUUCUUGUUUCUUCUCCGUCUUUUACCAACCCCCAAUUCGAUGUAACAUAUAAAUCAAGCCUCCACCAAUUACCUUCCCCGCGCCCGAGAUUGCCCCUUCAACGUAAGGUUAUCUCAUUGCUGCGUUUAAUUAAUGUGGCUUGCAUUUCCCACUGGUUUUGUUCGGUUGCUUCGAGAACUGUGUCGUGCCCUUCUUUGUUCUGUCGCCUAAUUUUUCUCUUCUCCUUGCGCUCCAGGUGUUCGACGAAAUGCCUGAGCCAUGCUCCUCUUCACCAACGCAUUACCCACUUCUUAUUUCUUCCCCACACCGUUCGGAUGUUUGAGCCCUUGCGCUUUUCCCUCCUUUGUCUUUGUUUCGAGAUGCGGCGGGAAUUCGUAUCAUAUGGCUGCGACAGAAAGGAGGUGUUCGCUUUUGUCUUCAAAGGGUAUGUUUUAUGGUUGUUCUGGGUUUGUAAGGAGGUGCAAAGGUUUGGAUAGUGAAGGGAAUUUUGCGUUGGAGGCAGAGAUAUUGGAGUUUAUGGAAAGUUCAAGAAACCCAGAAGCGUUUCCGAGCAAGAAAGACUUGAUUGAGGCCGGCAGGGAGGAUUUAGUGGAUGCUAUUGUCAAGAAAGGUGGUUGGCUUUGUCUCGGAUGGAAUUUGAACGACGAAGAAGAUGGGGGUAUUGAACAGCUCUAUCUCGAGGAUCGGGAAUCCAUCUUGGCCACUCAUUGGGAUAGUUUUGGUGAAUUCAAUAGUUUCAAGAGUGAUGAAAGACAAAGAUUUGCUACAGAUGUUUCUCCCAUUGCUUCUUCUUCGACAUCAUCUUCCUUCACCAGCCGAUCACAAGAAACUGUUGCUGAGCAUGAGUCUGGGAUUGAGGGUAUGCUGAAUCGAUUGGAAAGAGAAAGAAAUGCGACGUUCGGGACUGGUAAAAAUGGUUUGCAUUCUGAAACAACAGCAAAGGAGACAGUUGCUGACCUACAAGAAAUCCCUAUCAGCACGCCACUGAGUGCCAAAGAAGGCAAGUGGACCAAUUUGGGGAGUUAUCUUAGUAAGAAUUCUUCUCCUGUACAAAUUAAUGGUCAAGGAGGCUCGGUUAGUUCUGAGGUGCAGAGAACUUGGAGCACAUUCAAGACAGACCUUCAAGACGGAGAUUUUAAAGGUUCCGAAAUGGCUUUGAGCGAGGUAAGGAGCAGGGAAGUAUUGGAUGUUCUGAGAUAUGAAACAUUAGGAUCUAGAGGGGAUCCUACCAAUUCUAACUCUGGCGAGGAAGAAAUGAGUCACAAUCAAAUACAACGUUACAUUCAGAACUUGCAGUUGGAGCUCUCAUCCGCAAUCGGCUCAUUGAGAUCUAAUGCAUUUGCGUCUGAGAAGGGUCAAAGUAAACCUUCUGAUGAUUUGCUGGAGCUUUCGGAUGCUUUUGAGUUUCAAGAAAAUGAGAUCCUAAAUGCCAAGGACAAGCUACGGUCUAUACGGGCAAAGAUAGCCGUGGUGGAAGGAAAGAUGGCACUGACAAUUAUUGAUGCACAAAAGGUGGUAGAAGAGAAACAAAAGAGGAUCAAUUGUGCCCGCAGAGCUUUGCAAUUUCUUCGCACUGCCUGCGUGGUCUGGCCUAAUUCUGCAGCAGAGGUUCUCUUGGUAGGAUCAUUUGAUGGUUGGUCAACCCAGAGGAAGAUGGAAAGGUCCAGUACAGGCGUUUUCUCUUUGUUCCUGAAGCUGUAUCCUGGAAAAUACGAGAUAAAAUUCAUUGUUGAUGGCCAGUGGAAGAUUGAUCCGUUACGCCCAAUUGUUAGCAGCGAUGGAUACGAGAACAAUCUACUGAUCGUCACGUAGAACGCCAGGCUGUUUAUAUUCUUUUUCUUGCCUAGCCCAAAGAGCCGGGUGCCUCAACCUCCCCUUCUUUUGUAGCAUUUUCGUACGACUUAUACAUGUAUUUCUUUCUACUUUCGACUUCCAGUUUAGGUUUCUUCCUGUCUCCCACGUAUUUGCAUUUCUCGCUGACCAAAAAAUAUAGGUAAAAUAGGUAGCAAUUACUUCCCGGGAAUCAGUUAGCUCAAUAUAAUCGUUGAUGUUUUAUUUCA